CUAGUAUUCACAUUCGGGGAUUCGGGGAAGAGUACUCUUUUACCUUUUUGUGAAAGCACACACAAACCCAAUAUUCCAACUCUCUCAAUUCUUUCCUCCAUAAAUUUCUGUUCGGAAAAUCCCUCAUAGGAGUCAUAGGCAACCUAGAUUCAGUAUAUAGUAACAUCUACCGCGGUCGUGCUGGUAGAUUGGUAAAUUCUUUUCUUGAGAAGAAGAAGAAGAUAUGUCGGUCAAAAUUGGGUCUUCAUGGUCCUCGGUUUGCACUACUCUUUCUUCGCCGUUUGAAUUCAAUAGAACCCCCAAGGUCAGCUCUAGAAUCAGAUUGCUUGACAUGCAGCAUUUUGGUACAAGUAGUGCAACUAAUGCUAAAGUUAUUUUGAUGCAAGUUGUUAGGUCAUUCAAGCUUAUGCAUGAAAAUCUAAGGAUGCAUGGGGGUUUAUCCAAGACGCGGUUCAUCUUAUUUGCUACCUCAGAGGACCCACAAUUACUGGACCAUGAUCAUGAACCAAAUGCUUUGGACAAAGGAAAUCCAAAGCUUCUUGUCAAAGACUUGUCCUCUGAACUUGUUUCAUCAACUGCUGAGGCUGAAGGAAGACCUGGUUUUAUUUCGUUUUAUUUUAGCCGUCCUUACAUGAGAAGAGAAGCUGAGGUCUUGUCUGAUCAUGGAAAGAAUGAAGGAAAUUUGUUAUGGAUUAUGGGUCCCACUGUCCUUGUUGCCUCUUUCAUCUUUCCCUCACUCUAUUUACGAAGAAUACUAGCCACCAUUUUCGAGGACUCUUUACUAACCGAUUUCCUUAUAUUGUUUUUCACGGAGGCUCUCUUUUACUGUGGAGUUGCAUCAUUUCUCCAACUAAUUGAUCAUGCAAGGAUGCGGCCACUUGAGUUGGUAUCUUCUGCAAGCGAGGAACAUGCUACACCACCAUUUGGAUAUAGAGUCUCUUCAGUUGCUGUCUUGGCUCUAAGCCUAACAAUUCCAAUGGUGACGAUGGGACUAGUUUGGCCAUGGACGGGCCCAGCAGCUUCUGCUACACUUGCACCGUUUCUAGUUGGUAUUAUUGUGCAGUUUGCAUUCGAGCAACAAGCAAGACAUGUCAAGUCUCCAUCUUGGCCUAUUAUUCCAAUUGUUUUUCAGGUAUAUAGGUUGCACCAACUAAACAGGGCAGCACAACUGGUGACAGCCCUUUCAUUGACAGUAAGAGGUGCGGAGACAACACCUCACAAUUUGGCAAUAAACAGAUCGCUGGGUGCCCUCCUAAACGUCCUACAAGUGCUCGGUGUGAUUUGUAUUUGGUCCCUUUCGAGCUUCGUCAUGCAAUAUUUCCCGUCCACCAGGAAACAUGAGGGGUGAGGUUUGCAAAUUUAUUUCCAAAGCAAAAUUAGUAAAUGCUGAUUGUCUGAAGUUGCUUUCCUUUUUUGAUAUGCUCCACUUAAGCUGCCGGUGCUGCAUGCAUUAUGUGUGUGCAUGCAUGAAUGGGAAAUCUUUAGCACAAUCUUGUAUCAGUUUGCUUAAUCAGCGGUUAUCCGGCUCUAGCUUGUAAUUUAUUUAGUUCUUAAUUUGUUUUAACAUACAUUGCUCCCUCCAUUCCCAAAUGAAGUUUUUAGUUUGACUUCACAUAUUGGUAGGUGAGAUUAAAGGACUUGCUAGUCACUGUAAAAAAUGGAAAGGAUGGAGGCAUUUAAUGGGGUUUUUACACAAACAGUGUACCGUCGCUGCAAAAUGAUGGUGGAUGGGGUAAAAACAGCUGUAAUUGUAACAAAAAUCAGAUCAAAUGUGAUUACACUUUCAAUUAAGCCUGAGACUUAGAACCUUAACACCGGGAAAAUCGGGAAAACCGAUCCGAACCGAAUUAUCCAGUUUGGUUCCUAUAGUUUUCGACUUCUAUGUUUCUUGGUUCGGUUCCUAUAAUAUUUGACCUGCUCGGUUCCAGUUCCAAUAAAUUCUAACUCACAGGAACCAAAGUUCUCAUACAUGAAAGCCACCUCCAUUUGUGGUGCUUUCGGGUGGAUUUUUUUUAUCAAGAACUUAUUUAAAUAAAU